UGCGGCGCGCGCGAACGCGUGCUGUGGGCUCAGAGACACGUCGGAGCAUCAUGUCAAGGCGUGCGUUGUCUCUGAAGUGGGGCGCCGGUUGGAUUCUACUGUUUUCUUUCAUCAGUAACAUAUGGGCGCAAGAUGACGUUCCACCCUACUUCAAGAUGGAGCCAGUGGCAACCCAGGUCCACCUGGAAGGGAAUCGGUUGGUUCUCACCUGUAUGGCUGAGGGCAGUUGGCCCCUGGAGUUCAAAUGGCUUUACAAUGGUACCGAGCUGAUGCGUUUCUCCCUGGAGUACAGGUAUGUAAUUCCAUCGCUGGACCGUUCCCACACGGGCUUCUACAGAUGUAUUGUGAGGAACCGGGUCGGAGCUCUUAUGCAGAGGAGUUCACAAGUCCAGGUUGCCUACAUGGAAGGCUUUGUGGAGGGAGCACGGUCUCAGGUGGUGUCCCAGGGGGAGGCAGCGUUGAUUCCGCCCCCACAAAUCCACAGCUUCCCCCGGCCCGGGAUCACAUGGUUCAGAGAUGGACGCAAGAUUCCCUCCAGCAGCCGCAUAGCCCUCACUCUGGACAACACCCUGGUUAUUCUCUCCACCGUGGCCCCCGAUGCGGGUCGUUACUACGCCCAAGCCGUAAAUGAUAAGAAUGGAGAGAACAAGACCAGCCAGCCUGUCAUCCUCAAUGUAGAAAAUGUUGGCGGUCCAGCAGACCCCAUUGCUCCCUCUAUUAUUAUACCGCCGAGGAACACCAGUGUAAUGGUGGGCACGUUUGAGGUCACACUGGAGUGUGUGGCCAAUGCAAGGCCUCUCAUUAAACUCAGCAUUACAUGGUGGAAAAAUGGUGCGCCCGUAAACCGAGGCCUCAGGGACUUUGGCCGCCGUCUGACUAUCAGUGGUCCAUUGGUCAGUGACAGUGGCUACUAUGAAUGUGAAGCCUCCCUCCGGAGCAGCAGUGCCCCCUCUGUCAGAGCUGGAGCAUAUCUGCACGUGCUAGAACAUCCACAGUUCGUGAAGGAGCCCGACAGACACAUUACUGCUGAGAUGGAGAAGGUGGUAGACAUCCCAUGCCAAGCACGCGGUGUUCCUCAGCCUGAUAUAGUCUGGUAUAAGGAUGCAGUACCCAUAAGCCCCAUGAAGACACCUCGUUACCGAGUCCUGGUGGGCGGCAGUCUGCAGAUAAAUGGACUGCUCCCGGACGACACAGGAAUGUUCCAGUGUUUCGCGCGCAAUUUAGCAGGAGAGAUCCAGACAAACACGUACCUUGCUGUGACCAGUAUCGCCCCAAACAUCACAGCCGGCCCAUCUGACAGUGCUGUGAUUGAUGGCAUGUCCAUUAUUUUACACUGUGAGACCUCAGGAGCCCCGCGGCCCGCAAUCACAUGGCAGAAAGCUGAGCGGGUUCUGGCCAGCGGCUCUGUGCAGUUGCCGCGUUUCACGUUGCUAGAGUCGGGCAGUCUUCUGAUCAGCCCCUCUCACCUGUCUGAUGCUGGAUCAUACACCUGCAUGGCCAGCAACUCCCGUGGGAUCGACGAGGCAUCAGCUGAUCUGGUGGUGUGGGCUCGAACGCGAAUCACUAAUCCACCUCAGGACCAGAGUGUGAUCAAAGGCACCAAAGCGUCCAUGACCUGUGGGGUAACCCAUGACCCUAGUGUUUCCGUCAGGCACAUCUGGGAGAAAGGAGGAUCGGUUAUUGACUUGAAGUCAAGUCCCCGUUUGCGUCUAGACUCCAAUGGUACACUGCAUAUCUCCCAGACCUGGUCGGGGGACAUCGGGACCUACACCUGUAAGAUCACAUCUGUAGGGGGCAAUGAUUCCCGCAGUGCUCACCUGAGAGUCAGGCAGUUGCCACAUGCUCCAGAGAACCUCAUCGCCACCCUCAGCAGUUCUGAGAGGAGAGCCAUUAACAUGACCUGGGCUCAGGCCUUCGAUGGGAACAGCCCACUCAUACGCUACAUCCUGGAGGUGUCUGAGAACAAUGCCCCGUGGACUGUGCUCCUGGCCAACAUCGAUCCAGAAGCCACCAACGUGAUCGUCAGGGGCCUGAUCCCAGCACGCUCCUACCAGUUCCGUCUCUGUGCCGUCAACGACGUGGGGAAGGGCCAGUUCAGCAGAGAGACCGCACGAGUAUCAUUACCCGAGGAGCCCCCCAGUGCCCCUCCUCAGACCGUUAUAGCCAGUGGCCGAACCAACCAGUCUAUCAUGAUCCAAUGGCAGCCGCCAUCCGAGAGCCACCAAAAUGGGCCCCUUCAAGGGUACAUAAUCAGGUACUGUCUGUCUGGCUUGCCAGUGGACUGUCAGAUGAAGAACAUCACCAACCCAGAUCAAACAAACCUUCUGCUGGAGGAACUCAUCAUUUGGACCAACUAUGAAAUCGAGGUGGCCGCUUAUAACGGGGCAGGACAGGGCAUCUACAGCCCAAAAGUCACGGAAUGGACCCUGCAGGGUGUGCCCACAGUCCCACCAGGGAAUGUUCAGGCAGAGGCUGUCAACUCCACCUCAUUCCGUUUCACAUGGAGUGCCCCAAGUCCUCAGUUCAUCAAUGGCAUCAACCAGGGAUACAAGCUGUUGGCAUGGGAACCAGGCCAAGAGGAAGAAGUUACUUUGGUUACGGUGAGACCCAAUUUUCAAGACAGCAUUAAUGUAGGUUACAUCACCGGACUGAAGAAGUUCACAGUGUACUUCACCUGCGUGCUGUGCUUUACCACGCCGGGAGACGGACCUCGCAGUCCUCCACAGCGUAUACGCACACAUGAAGACACCCCAGGACCUGUCGGUCAUCUGAGCUUUACAGAAAUCCUGGAUACAUCUCUCAAAGUGAGCUGGAAAGACCCACCUGAAAAGAACGGCAUACUUACAGGGUAUCGCAUUUCCUGGGAGGAAUUCAACAGAACAAACACACGGGUCACACACUACUUACCAAACAUGACACAGGAGUACCGGGUCACGGGUCUGACCGCCCUCACCACCUACACCAUUCAGGUGGCCGGUAUGACCUCUAAAGGUCAAGGUCAGCUGUCCUCCUCCACCAUUUCCUCCGGUGUGCCUCCAGAGAUGCCUGGACCUCCCACCAAUAUCGCCAUCUCCAACAUCAGCCCACGCUCGGUCACCCUGCAGUUCAAACCGGGCUAUGACGGAAAAACAUCCAUCUCACGCUGGCUGAUAGAGGCUCAGAUUGGUGUUAUUGGAGAAAAUGAGGAGUGGGUCAUGGUCCAUCUGUUGGCCAAUGAGCCAGAUGCACGAUCCCUUGAAGUCCAGGGCCUGAACCCCUACACUUUCUACAGGUUCCGAAUGAGGCAGAUCAAUAUAGUGGGUACCAGCCCACCCAGCCAGCCAUCCAGGAAGAUCCAGACCCUACAGGCCCCUCCUGAUAUCGCCCCAGCAAACAUCACUCUCCGCACGGCCAGUGAGACCAGCCUGUGGCUCCGAUGGGUGCCGCUACCAGAGUGGGAAUACAAUGGCAAUCCAGAGCUGGUGGGCUACAGGGUGCAGUACUCUCGACUGGGCUUAAAGGGUGGCAUCCUGUCCCACAUCAUUCCUGAUAGGCUGGAGAGGGAGUUCACCAUUGAGGACCUGGAAGAAUGGACAGAGUAUGAGGUCAAAGUGCAGGCGUUCAAUGGCAUUGGGCCCGGGCCCUGGAGCCAACCAGUUCAUGGGAGAACCAGAGAGUCAGUCUCCUCCAGCGGCCCUGCAAAUGUUUCUGCUUUUGCCACCACUUCCAGCAGUAUACUGGUCCGUUGGGGCGAUGUGCCAGAAACUGAUAGCAAUGGACUAAUUCUGGGCUAUAAGGUGGUGUACAAAGAGAAGGAUGCAGAUUCAGCCCUGCGAUUCUGGACAGUAGAGGGCAACACCACUUACAGUGUCCAGCUCACUGGCCUUGGGAAGUACGUGCUUUAUGAGAUCCAGGUUCUGGCGUUCACCCGCAUAGGAGACGGCACGCCUAGCUCUCCGCCUAUAUUUGAGCGCACACUUGAUGAUGUUCCUGGUCCACCAGUUGGCAUCCUUUUUCCUGAAGUCAGAACUUCUUCAGUGAGACUGAUCUGGCAGCCCCCUGCCCAACCAAAUGGUAUCAUACUUGCAUAUCAGAUUGCUUACCGGAGAAACUCCAGUAUUACCUCGACCAAUGUUGAUGUGCUGAACCCCAGUGCACGACAGUACACAGCAAAUGGACUCAAAUCAGAGAGUGUGUAUGUGUUCAGACUCACGGCACAGACUCGAAAGGGCUGGGGAGAGGCAGCCGAGGCAUUGGUGGUCACUACAGAGAAGAGAGCACGGCCGCAGCCCACAAGCCGUCCCAUUGUGCCUCAGGAAGAGGUCCAGGCCCGCAGUGUGCUGUUGUCAUGGGAACCAGGCAGCGACGGUCUGUCGCCAAUCCGAUACUACACAGUUCAGUUCAGGGAGCUGCCCAACAGCAACUGGACCGUCCACUCAGCGUCAGUGAACCAUGAGGUCACCUCCUAUGUCAUAGACCAGCUCAAGCCUUUCACUUCCUACCAGUUCAGAGUGAAGGCCACUAAUGAUAUUGGGGACAGCGAGUACAGUGAGGAGAGUGAGGCAAUCACCACUCUACAGGAUGCACCCGACAAAGCUCCCACAAUCCUGUCUGUGACGCCACACACCACCACAUCUGUGCUGGUUCGUUGGAAGCCGCCCCCUGAGGAGGAGAUCAAUGGCAUUUUGCUUGGUUUUCGGGUCCGCUACAGAGAAUUGCGUUAUGACCGCCUGCGUAGUUUCACUGUACGCACACUCAACAGCCCACCUGCCAACUGGGCCGAGCUCACAGAUCUGAAUAAACACAAGCGCUAUGAGAUCAGACUGAGCGUGUAUAAUGCUGUAGGGGAGGGGCCCACCAGCUCACCCCAGGAAGUGUUUGUGGGAGAGGCGGUGCCCACCGCCCCACCUCAGAACGUCGCUAUCCAGUCCUCGACGGCCACUCGGCUUGAUGUCACAUGGGACCCUCCUCCAGCGGAGGCCCAGAAUGGAGAUAUUCAAGGCUAUAAGAUUUAUUAUUGGGAGUUUCAGCUACAGAAUGAGACUGAGAGACUCCGCACUCUGUUCCUGCCUGAGCUGAGUGUGAAGUUAAAGAACUUGACUGGCUACACCAUUUACAUGAUCAGUGUGGCUGCCUUCAACGCUGCGGGCGACGGCCCGCGCUCUUCGCCCACCAGAGGGCGUACUCAGCAAGCAGCUCCCAGUGCUCCGAGUUUUAUCCACUUCAGUGAACUCACCACCACCUCGGUCAACAUGUCCUGGGGUGAGCCCAAGCAGCCCAAUGGCAUCGUAGAGGGAUACCGCGUGGUGUACGAGCCCUGCACUCCUGUGGAUGGUGUCAGUAAGAUUGUCACUGUGGAUGUGAAAGGCAGCGCACCAUUGUGGAUGAAAAUCAAGGAUCUGGCAGACGGAGUGACCUACAACUUCCACAUUCGUGCCAAAACCCUUACCUAUGGACCAGAGAUUCAGGCUAACAUCACCACUGGCCCCGGAGAAGGUGCUCCAGGGCCUCCAGGUGAGCCGUUUAUCUCCCGUUAUGGCUCUGCCCUCACCCUCCACUGGUCCAGCGGUGACCCCGGGCGUGCCCCCAUCACACGCUAUGUCAUAGAGGCCAGACCAUCUGAUGAAGGAUUGUGGGAUAUUCUCAUCAAAGAUAUUCCUAAAGAAGUGACAUCAUACACUCUUAACCUGGAUAUGCUCAGAGAAGGGGUCAGCUAUGACUUUCGUGUUAUUGCAGUGAAUGACUAUGGCUACGGGUCUCCAAGUGCUCCAUCUCCUUCAAUAUCAGCCCAAAAGGUCUCCCCCUUUUAUGAAGAAUGGUGGUUUCUGGUGGUGAUCGCUCUCGUGGGCCUUAUCUUCAUCCUUUUACUCAUAUUCAUCCUUAUCAUACGGGGCCAGAGUAAAAAAUACACCAAGAAAACAGACUCAGGGUCCCUCUCGAACUGUACAUCUUUACCCCUCUCUCAUGGUGAGUUGGUGCGGCUGGAUGAAGGACGGUUCACCGCCCUGGAACUCAACAACCGUCGACUUUCUGUCAAAAAUUCCUUCUGCCGCAAGAACGGAAUUUACACCAGAUCUCCACCACGGCCCAGUCCCGGCAGUCUGCACUACUCUGAUGAAGAUGUCAGUAUUAAGUACAAUGACCUGGUCCCAGCCGAGAGCAGCAGCCUGACCGAGAAGCCCUCAGAGGUGUCUGACUCUCAGGGCAGUGACAGCGAAUACGAGUUGGAUCCAAACCGGCAGAAGACCCAUUCCUUCGUCAACCACUACAUCAGUGACCCCACCUACUAUAAUUCAUGGCGCCGGCAACAGAAGGGUGUUUCUCGCCCUCCGGCGUACGGCUACUCCCAGCCCGACACAGUGGCGGAACAGGAGUCUCGACCCCACCCUCCUCCGCUGCCAUCGUUACCACCUUUGCUACCCCACAGCAAUCCCUCCCUGCAGCCCCAGGGCCAGGUCACCCUGUUCAGGCCCAAGGGCAGCCGGACUCCCACCCCAUCACUGCUGUCCUCUGACAACCACAGCCAGCACACCCUGUACAGGCCCCCGAGCAGUCUGGGCACCUCCACCCAGGUCCCAACCACAGGAUUCUCCUCGUUUGUUUGAUACGAGUCUCUCAUUCCUCUGACAACACACCUGAGUGGUACUCCUGCAUUGUUGUUUGUCAGAUCUUUUCUUUUAGACUGUAUUUUCUCCUUUAUUUACAGAGGAACUGCACUGUGUUGGACAUCUUGUGCUGCAUUUGGAUUUUAUCUGGCCCCUUGUGUGGGUGAGCAUUAAAACACAGACAAUCAUUCUGAGGGAAACGUUUGUUGCUUGAAAAGGUUAAUUUAUUCACUUCGCCCUACACUUCUAAACAACUUAAUCGAAGAGAUUAGUGGAUAUACAG